GCCGCCCCGCGGGCGAGGCUGCCGGCCCCUCGGGGAGCCCGCGGUCCCGCGCCCCUGGCGAGCGCGGGGUGCGGCGAGUCCGUCGGGACGCCUCCCGCGCCCCCCAGUAGUCCUCUCCCGCCGCUGCCCACUUCGCGCGUGGAGCCAAGCUUGACCCUCCCUCGGCCCCACGGCUCCUGUCUCAGCUGAUCUUUCCCGCGAAGGGAGAGCCCGGCGUUCCUAUUUGACAGAUGGGAAAACAGGGGCGGAAAGGCCGGCACUUACUUGCCCGGGAACUCACAGCUAGGCUAGGGCAGAUCGGGAUUUGAAUCCAAGUCUCCCACCACCCUCUGACUCAGGCAGCCCCGGGGCUUCCCAUCCCACCGCACCAAAGAGCUUCCUUGCCCAUCUCUGGGUGGGGAUUGGUAGGGGCGGGGGGGUGGGGGAGGGCACCUCUCCCAGGGGGCUCUGAAGCCGGCCUUCUUCAUGAGUGGUAAGAUGUGAGGGACCCCCACCCCCACCCCGGGCUGCCUGAAAUUCCACCAUCACAGCUACAUUCCUUUGGGUUAAGGUCUAAUUCCCCCGUGGGAUGCACAUGUCUCCAGAAUGGGGCUUGCCCUUAGUGAUUCACUGCUUGCUAUGAACGUCCACAGCAGCUCUCCCAGGACCCCACUCUGCUGGAGACUGGGGCUGAGAGGAGGGAGAGGAGCACCCCAGAGCCCAGUCCUAGCCAUGAGCCACCAGAUCCUGCUGCUCCUGGCCGUGCUGACCCUGGGCCUGGCCACCUCCCAACACCGAGACAAGGUGCCCUGUAAGAUGGUAGACAAGGAGGUCUUGUGCCAGGGUCUUGGCCUGUUCCAGGUCCCCUCAAUGCUCCCGCUGGACAUCGAGGCCCUCGACCUAUCUGGAAACCAGCUGCAGAGAAUCCUGGCCUCGCCCCUGGGCUUCUACACAGAGCUUCGGCACCUGGACCUGAGCACCAAUGAGAUCAGCUUCCUCCAGACAGGUGUCUUCCAGGCCCUGCCCCACCUGGAGCACCUCAACCUGGCCCAUAACCGCCUGGCAGUGGGCACCGUGCUGAGCGCCCCUGGCCUGGGCCCCCUGCCGCAUGUGACAUCUCUGGACCUGUCUGGGAACAGUCUGUACAGUGGCCUGGUGGAGCGGCUGCUGGGGGAGGCACCUGCCCUGCGCACCCUCUCGCUGGCAGAGAACAGCCUGACCCGCCUGGCCCGCCACACCUUCUGGGGCACACCCGUGCUUGAGCGGCUGGACCUCCACAGCAACGUGCUCAUGGACAUUGAGGACGGCGCUUUCGAGGCCCUGCCGCACCUGGCCCACCUCAAUCUCUCCAGGAAUUCUCUCACCUGCAUCUCUGACUUCAGCCUCCAGCAGCUGAGGGUGCUUGACCUGAGCUGCAACAGUAUUGAGGCCUUCCAGACGGCCCCAGAGCCCCAGGCUGAGUAUCAGCUCGCCUGGCUUGACCUGCGGGAGAACAGACUGCUCCACUUCCCUGACCUGGCCGCGCUCCCGAGACUCAUCUACCUGAAUGUGUCCAACAACCUCAUCCGGCUCCCCGCAGAGCCACCCCAGGGCGGUGAGGGCAUCCAUGCACCUUCCGAGGGUUGGUCAGCCUUGCCCUUCUCGAACCCCAGCUGGAACUCCAGCACCCACCCCCUCUCCCAGCUCUUGAAUCUGGAUUUGAGCUACAAUGAGAUUGAGCUGGUCCCUGAGGGCUUUCUUGAGCCCCUGACCUCCCUUCGCUUCCUAAAUCUCAGCCGAAACUGCUUGCGAGCCUUUGAGGUGCGGCGUGCGGGCUUCCUGCCUUGCCUCGUGCACCUGGACGUCAGCCACAAUGCGCUGGAGACGCUGGAGCUGGGCCCCAGGGCCCUGGGGUCUCUGCGGACACUGCUCCUACAGGACAAUGCCCUGCAGGACCUGCCCCCCUACACUUUUGCCAGCCUGGCCAGCCUGCAGAAGCUUAACCUGCAGGGGAACCAGAUCAGGCCUUGCGGGGGGCCAGGUGAGCCUGGCCCCUUGGGCUGUGUGGCCUUCUCUGACAUCUCUUCCCUCCGCAUCCUGAACCUGGCGGACAAUGAGAUGGAGGUGCUCCGGCCGGGUGCCUUCCUCCACACGCCGCUUACUGAGCUGGACCUCUCUGCGAACCCAGGGCUGGAUGUGGCCACGGGGGCCUUGGCGGGCCUGGAGGCCUCCUUGGAGGUCCUGGCCCUGCAGGGCAACGGGCUGGCCAUCCUGCAAGUAGACCUGCCCUGCUUCAGCUGCCUGAAGCGACUCAAUCUUGCCGAGAACCGCCUGAGCCGCCUGCCUGCCUGGACGCAGGCUGUGUCACUGGAGGUACUGGACCUGAGGAACAACAGCUUCAGCCUCUUGCCAGGCAGUGCCAUGGGCGGCCUCGAGACCAGCCUCCGGCGCCUCUACCUGCAGGGGAAUCCACUGAGCUGCUGCGGCAAUGGCUGGCUGGCAGCCCAGCUGCACCAGGGCCGUGUGGACGUGGAUGCCACCCAGGACCUGACCUGCCGCUUCGGCUCCCGGGAGGAGGUAUCCCUGAGCCACGUGCGUCCUGAGGACUGUGAGAAGGGGGGGCUCAAGAAUGUCAACCUCAUCAUCAUCCUGACCUUCGCACUGGUCUCUGCCGUCCUCCUCACCACACUGGCCACCUGUUGCUGUGUCCGCCGGCAGAAGUUCAACCAGCAGUACAAAGCCUAGAGAGGCCAGAGACUGUAGAACGGCCCGGCCGGGAGCCCCGCCGGGUCAGCUGGGGAGCCAGAGGCACGGACAAGGGCGGGGACUGACCCAAGGUCACACAGGGUCUGAGAACUCUGCUCUCUAAAUCCCAGCCCAGGGCUCCUUUCCCUGUAUCCCGCUGUACUGGCAGGUGACCCACUUCCCAGGCCACACAUGUGGUCCAGCUGUGGAAGCCGGAAGUCAAGCAGUUUCAGGAGCGACAGAAAAUAAGGUCGACCUAUCCAGUCAACGAAUCUUCGCCCGGCAUCUGUUUUGCACCACAUCCUGCUCUGGGGACUGGGGACGCCCGGUGACUGAGACACAUCCCUGCCCUCAGGCAUCUCCCGGCCCUGGUGGGGAGGUGGUCGCCAAGCCAGGCAGUGACCACACGGAGUGUGGAGAUCCAGGGCCCCAAAGCUCUCCAGCCCCAGCUGGCUGAGUCCUGGGGCUCCGUGGCGAGCCCUGCCUCAGCAGGGCCAGAGCAAAGGAGGGGCGAGACCCAGAAGACUUGUCUGAGCCGGUUCCAAGCAGACUGUUUGUCACAUCUUCUGAUAAUGACUUUCAGCCUCUCUGGAACAUGAAGAGCUUGUGACCGGAAGAGAAGUGGAGCCACAUGGAUCCGGCUACUAGGCGGGCUGCAGCGGCUCCUGGUUAAGAGGCGGUUGCCCUGGGUUCCGGCCGGGUGGUAGACCAUCCCCUUUCCCACUCCAAACAGGCUCUUUCCCCACCUGGCACCCUCGUGGUGCCCACACUAGCCCAAACACCGCUCCAGCCCCCCAGCUCCUCUGCAGGCAUAUGCAGGCAUGCUGUUCAGUCCCAGCCCUACGCCAGCUGGUGAGCCAGGAGUUAGAAGCUUAGGUAUCUGGUUCUGUUUUGCACCAGGCUCGGCAGCGGUGACACGUCUGCCUCUUUACGACAACCGUCUGAGGUUGGUCUUUUAUCCCAUUUCACCAAAACUCCAAAACUCUCCCUUCAGGGUCCUCCAGCUAAGAAACGACAUAGCUGAGAUUCAGACUCAAAUCCUCCUGUCUCCAGGGCCUGACCUUUGCCACUGUGGGGGCUGUAGGCCGUUAGGUGGACAGGAAAUGGACCCACAUCGAGGGAACAGGCCCUGGGGGCAUCCUGUGCCACAUAUACCCACCCACUCCUCUCCCACCUCUCUCCUAGGCAGGUAGACACAGGCCCUCCCCUCCUCCUCUGCCUCAGUUUCCCUUACUCCCUCCUUUGCAGUCUGGUGUGUAUUCACCUUUUUCUGUUUUGCUCUUGUGUUCCCUCUUCCUCCACUGAGCGAAGUCCUGAGUUUGAGACUAUUGAGUCCAACCUCCCCGUUGCACAGAUAGGGAAACUGAGGCUGGGGAAGAGAAUGGAAUUUGCUGAGAGCUUCACAAGUUGGUGGCAAAGCCUGUGAGAAAAAGUGGGUUCAGACCUCCCUGGGGGUGUGAGGGGGGUUUAGGGCUUGGACCUGAGUGAUUCCCUUCUCUCUCAGCUGUCAUAUCACAAGAUAAUGCUGGCUCCAAACUCUUUUGGGUCCCCAUCAGGCAGGGACUUUUUCCUCUUAGACAAAUGAGUAGAAAUACUCAUCUGGGUGUAACUCCCUAUUCUUCCCACCCAUGGAAUCAUGGGCUUUCCAGGGAGCCCUGGGGUCAGCCCAAGACCCUGUGUUACUGUCCCCACCAUCUUACCCAUGCUUGGCCCAUGGUCUGGCUCACGAUGGUGCUUGAGUGAGACAAUGAAAACACCCCUCUCUCGGCCCCAUUUUAUAGACAAGAAAACUGAGGCCCAGAGAGGGUCAAGGACUCAGGGAGUCAGUGGCAGAGCUGGGGCUAGAAGCUGGUAUCCUGGCCCCAGCCUGGGGCCCUGGUGGUAUGUGGGACAGCCGGGUGGACCCAGCCCUGGUUGGGAUCACAACCACAAGUGGUCACUGCACAUAAACACUCUUCCUCAGGCCUGGAGGGCGGGGCGUGGGCCCCUUCGUGCCUGAUCUUCGAAAACACUACGCAAUGCUGCUCUCACCUCCCAGGAGCCAGGCCACAGCCCUGGCCUCGGGACCAGCUCUUUGUAUAACCCACAUGAAUGUAUUAAAAAAUAAUUUGGGAGAAACAGCGUGGCCUGCCAGCCUCCUCCUCACUGCGGGUGAUUGGCCUCAUGGCAUCCGCUUGAGCCCUGCCCCCUCUGCUUCCACUGCGGGCUUUGGAUCCUCAUGGCUCACCCAUGGAGAGAUGGGCUGAGGGCUGUUGAGGGGAGACUGAGGCUCUGGGUCCUCCCCGCCCGGGACCUUGGGGCCUCAGCCCUCAUUCCCCUGCCACACCUCUGACCCUUGCACUCAACAAGCCUUGACCCGGCCUGACGCUUCCUCCUUCGGCAGCUCCUGUUCUUACCCUCUCUCUGUGCUCACGGCCCUGUCUCAUCGCAGGGCCCUGCUGUCUCUCCCGCCCACCCUCCGGGGCCUUUCACGGGCCCUUCAUUUUCCUCCCUGUGCAGCCUCUCCUCUGUCUUCGCACAUUCCUCUCACACCUUGGCUGUGUUCAAGUAACUGCUUGGUGAAGUAGCCCCCCUCUCCCCUCCCUUCUCACCCACCCCAGGUGCCGUUGCCCCUCUGCCCCCCACACUGCCUUGAACUGAGGUCAUCUAGGGUGUCCUUCGCCAGACUCAGUGCACUUUCCAGACGGUACCUCCUCGACCCCUCAGCUGCGGGGGUCCCUCACCCCAUAGUCCCCGUCCCUCACGCCCGGCACUCAGCACACUCGCCUUGGUAUCUAGGCCCCCCGCACAUGGUGUCUGCCUUCCUUUGAGACCGCUCCUUUUCAGACUCUGCUAUGUGCUCAUCUCCAUCCAGCUUUCUGAGUGGUGAUUGCCAGGACCCUGUUCCAGGCCCUCUUCCCUCAGGAAUGCCAUCACCCUCAUGAUUGUAGCCACUCCGUUGCUCUGAUUCCCACAUCUCUAGCUCCAGCCCCAGUCAGCCCUGAGCAUCCAGCCCUGAUACCCAGAGGCCUCCCCAGCUGGAGAGCUAAUGUUCUCCCGGGGGCCAGAGAAUUGAAUCGAUGGUCAGUUGAAUGGAUGGCUGCAGUUCAAGACCGAGCUUAAAAGACCAUGGGAAGGGGGGCAAGGAGGAGAGCAUUCCUGGUCCCUGGAAGGGAGCUGGAGGGUGUGGGCUGUGAGGUCUCAGGGAGGGGACAAGAGCCACCUCACCUGGGGUGGAGGUGGGGGACAGGUGAGGGGCUCUGAGGUGGAGUCCGGAGGGCAGGCAGUUGCCCCACCCCCCACUUCCCAGACCCCUGUGCCUGUCCUCAUGUGGACCCAUCAGCCCUUCUCAGCUGCCUGACACCCAGACACUAUCCCCUUUAGAAGUGCCUUCUCUUCCCUUCUUCCUCUCCCGCAAAUUCCCACUUAGUGACGCUCCACUUCCUCUGUCCUCCAAGCACCCUGGAGGUUUCUCCACGGUAGCUCCUCUGGGCUGUGACCUCUCACCUCAGAGCUCCUACUCCAAAGGAAAAAAACAUUUUUUUUUUAAGUUUAUUUAUCUAUUUUGGGAGAAUGAGACACAGAGUAUGCGAGCAGGGGAGGGUCAGAGAGAGAGGAGAAAGAGAAUCCCAAGCAGUCAGUGUGGAGCCCAAUGUGGGGCUUGAACUCCCAAACCGCAAGAUCAUGACUUUAGCCGAAACCAAGAGUAGGAUGCUUUAACCCACUGAGCCACCCAGGCGCCCCUCCAAAAGAACAUUUUAUGUUUAUUUAUUUUUUAUUUUUGAGAGAGAGAGACACACACGCACAAAGAGAGUGGGGGAGGGACACAGACGGAGGGAGACGCAGAAUCCGAAGCAGGAUCCAGGCUCUGAGCUGUCAGCACAGAGCCCAAUGCAGGCUCCAACCCACGGACUGCAAGAUCAUGACCUGAGCCGAAGUCGAACGCUUCACUGAGCCACCCAGGUGCCCUAAAGGAAAAUCUUAAAUGCCUAUUUCAUAGAUGGGGCUCGUGGCGUCAGAAGGCAUGUGACUCAGUGCCCUGGCACAGACCACGUGCUCAGUGAAGGCGUAAAGGAAGGCAAUAGCAUAGGCUGAGCUCGGCCCAGGGCUCUGCAGACCUCCAAUCCAGCUGGAACCCACCAGGUCCCUGACCCCUUUUCCUGGCAAACAGGGGAGUUUGCUUACCUGGCCAAGACCCCCAGCAAGGCAGAAAUUCCUGUUUUCGGCCAAACAGGGACACAGCUGCCAACUAGGUCAUCAGAGCAUCCGGCAAGUUCCAGGGAGAGGGGAGGCCCCCGUCCGCCCACGUCACAGCCUGCGUGCCAGGUCGCCCAGCCCAUUCAAUUCAGUAAGCUCUUGUGGCAUUCCCCGAAGGCACAGGGCCCCGCAGGAGCCAGGCUCACAGGCCAGGCCGGGCAGGAGGGGAGGAAGGCAGCACCCACGGCCCCGCAAGCUGCCUCACCUUCUCAGUCCCCUGUGCUGUCACCGCUGCCCAGGGCCCAGGAGCCACAGUCUGCUCUCUGUGCCCCUGUUCUUCAGGGAGCUCACAAGGGCCCUGCGCUCCAUCUCUCUCUGGCCAUCUCCAACCCGGUGCUCAGAGCUGAUAAUUAUUGAGCACUUCUGAGUCAGCCCUGCACUGAGCACUUAAUGUACAUUGUUACGUGCAAUUCUUACCAUCUUUGAAGAGACUUCUAUUAUUAACAGCCUCAUUUUAAAGAAACUGAGGCUCAAGUUCCCGCAGCCGUAAACUUCCAGAGCCGAGAUGGAACGCAGGUAUGUGCUGCUCCAGAGCCAGCCGUCUUAACCAUGGGGUUGUCCACCUGCCAAUACCAGGCUCUCUCCCACCUCCUCCACCUAAAGUAUCUCACCUACACUGACUCACCUGCCAAACUCAUGUUUCAACCCCUGCCUGCACCACCUCUUCCGGGGAGUUUGCCCUGAUUUCCCUCCACAGCCCCAGGCUGCUGCGGGCCACAGGGGGCUGGGGGGAGGGGCGGAAUCUCUGCCUGAUCUGCCACCAGACUAAGAGCUCCUGGGGGGAGAUUCUACCCAGAAUCCUUUCUGUGUCCCCAGGGCCCGUGAGCUAGCACAGAAGGAGAGCUCAGAAAGCUCUUCCUGAAUGCAUGGCCCCCACCCUUCAGGACUUAAAAACUUGGGAUUAAGACCAGUCCUCAGAAAGAGAAGGGGGUGACAGAUGCAGGGGACACAGAAGACGCAGAGGAAGAGACAAAGGAAGAAUAUUCUCUCAACACCCCCUACUUCCCUCCACUUUCUUCUUGUCUCUGGGACCCCGUCUUAUCUCCUCCUUCUCUUCUUCCUCCCCGCACUCUUCUCCUUUCCCUCCCUUGGUCAUCUCUCCCGCAACCCCUCUCUCCCUAGAAGCAGUUGGGGCUGUGGUGGCUGAGAGUGGGGAGGGACAGAGGGGAGGGAGGCCCGAGCUGUUUAUAGGAACGGGAGCAGCUCCAUCCAUCAGCUCUGUUUGGAGCGGGAAACCAAGCAUAAUAAAUACCUUGGCUCCUCCCCAGCUGUGCUUUUCCUGAACUUGGCCAUUCGAACUUCAAAUCUCUCUGGCCUGCUGGUUCUCAGGACCCAGCUCCCACCCCACCCCACCCCACCCUCCUCCCACCUCCCACCAAGCUGCCCUGGAAAGAGCCCUGUCUCUGGGACCAGAAACGCAGGGCUAAGUCUAGGUUCUGCUCUGGGAGUAAGGGCAAGUCAAGCCACUUGUCUGUGCCUCCAUUUCCCCAUCCCUAAAAUGGGGUCACAAUCACUGCCCGAACGCACGGUGCGGUUCACAGGUUAGGCCUGAGUAGCUUGAGCACCCGCUCUGUGCUGGGCCCCGAAGGGUUCCUGGGAACAGUCGGACAGGGCCACGGUCUAUUGGGUGGAGGGAGGGGCCACACCACAGCACAGGCAGGAAGUGGUCAGCGCCAUGAGGGAGGUCCAGAUUUUGUACUCGGGAAGAUUGUUUGCAGCAGGGAGUGGCCCUUCCAGCUGGAGGAGUGAGGGGAGACUUCGAGGACAUCUGGGCUGGCCAGGCCGGGAAGGGUAGGAUUUCAACAUGUGGAGCCCGGGGAGAGGUUCCUCCAGGCAAAGCAAACGGGAGCCGGCAAAAGCCGGGUCUGGGUGGGGCAGAGAGGAGUCUGCCUAUGCCAGCCUCCCCCCCACGCUCCCAACCGUGUCUCCUCUGAUCCUUCAGCACCUUCCGCCCCAACCUUGCAGCCUUCCAGAAUCUUCCUUCCCUCCCUGGAGAGCUUCCGACUCGUCCAGCUCUCCCAAGUUGUGGACGUGUUCCUGGAAUUCUGCAGUCAUGUCCCCACGCCACCCCCACCCCCCCUCAACCACCCUAGAAAGUGGAAGACCCAGAUCAGGGGAAAAGUCAUUGGCCCCAAUAGCACAUGUUUCUGGAAUGAAUAAGGGCAUAAACGAAUAAGGGAAUGAAUAAAAGAGUGAGUCAAUGAGAAAGAGAAUAAGUGAGUAAGUUACUAAAUUCAACUGACAUUUCUUAAGCCCUGGCUACACUCCGUACUAGGUGCUAUACAUACACCACCCCUCCCCUUGGGGUGCUCGUUGUUUAUUGGGAGAAAUGGGUGUUCACACACAGGCCGGCACACACAAAUAAGGACAAAAUGGCCAACUGUGAAGAGUCCCGUGAGAGGACAACCACAGGGAGAUGUCAUUGAGACGGGCAGACAGAGAUGUCCUCUCGGAGGACAACCACCUGUAAGCUGAGCCUAAAGGAAGACUCACAUCGAGAGAGUGAAGUAAUAACCCUCCUUCUGGCCUCUUCCCCUCACUCGCGUGAAUUUGCCAAAAUGCCCAGGAAAGUAAGAGCUGCACUCUAGACCCCGAGGCCAAUUUUCACGCACUGAAAGGAGCCCCUGACACUGGGACCCUCUCUGCCUUCUCUCCCUCUCAGUGCCUUGACUUUCCUAUUCUAGAAUCACGGAGAAAAAUAGGGAAGGCCACAUAUAGAUUGGUGGGAGGGAUCACCAAGGGAGGGGUACCAGGAGCCAAGCAUUGGGAGGGUAGGGGGGGCUAGAUGCAGGCUAAGAGUCCAAUUCCAAAGGCCCUCGCUGUUUAAUUUUGAUGCGGGGGUAGGACAGGUACAAUGGGCUUGGCUCCCUCCUCCAUUCUGGUACCACCCAUAUUAGCCUGCACCGACCCUCCUUUUUCGUCCUAGGUAACUUAUUAACAUUUUCAUCUCUUAGCCUUCUGCGUAUUGUCUCCAUAAUUAUCACUGACAGAUACAUGUAAAUUACAUGCAAAUACACAUAUGCAUGUACAUUGUUAUAUAAAAAUAGGAUCACAGUAAAUACAUUUUCCUACAUCUUGUUUUUACUCAACAAUUCUGCAAGGAAAUCCCCCCCUAAACCAACUGAUAUAGCUCUGAUUCAUUUUUGACAAUACCUAAUAUUCCGUAGUGUGAAUAUUCAUAAUUUAUUCAGCUGUUUAUCAAUGGAGGGACAUUCACUCUUUUAUAUUUUCUUGCAACUAUAAACCUGCUGCAAAAACAUCCUUGUUCAGAUGCUCAUGGUCUCUGGGAGUUGUAGUUCUGUCAGAUAAGUUCUUACAAGUGAAAUUCCAGAUCAAACAGAUAGACAUGAAAUAUAAGUUGUCAGUUUUAAUAAAGCUUCAUUUAAAAGACGGUAAUGUUUCACCUUUCUGUCAACAAUUUAUGAGAGUAUCUUUUUCUGCACCUCCCUGCCAGCAGCGCAGGUGGUACCUACAGGUAUAGAAUGGUCUCUUAUUGCUACUUUAUAUAUUUUUUUAAUGCUUAUUUAUUUAUUUUUGAGAAAGAGAGCACAAGCUGGGGAGGAGCAGAGGGAGAGAGAAACACAGAAUCCGAAGCAGGCUCCAGGCUCCAGGCUGUCAGCACAGAGCCCGAUGCGGGGCUCGAACCCACAAACUGAGAUCGUGGCCUGAGAGGAAGUCAGACUCACAUCAGAAGCUCAACUGACAGGGCCCCCCAGGCACCCCCCUCUCAUUGUUACUUUAAAUCACAUUUCCCUAGGCUGGAUCUGAGCAGCUUUUCAUGUUUGUUUGCCAUUUGGAUGGUCUCUUCCAUGAAUCACUCAUUUUUGUCCUUUGCCCAUUUUUCUGUGUUAUCUUUUCCUUGUCAAUUUGUAAAACCUCAUCGUGCACUGUAGUUAUUCGUCUAGCACUUUUUAAACAAAUGUUUUCCAAAUCUUUCAUUUGUCUGUCGACUCUGCUUCUGUAUCUUUGCUCCACAGCGCUUUGGGGCCUCAUUUUUCCCUUACAGCUCUUGAUUCGACU